GGACGUCCUAGCACCGAUUGAGGCCCUUUGAUACGUACUGCGAACCUGGAGGACACAGUUUUUGGACAAGCCUGGCCGCUCUCUGGGCCACCUCGCACGGAGUGCAGAUAGACUGCCACUUUAUGUUGAUUGGUGAGACGGCGGCGUUGCGCCGUUCGACUUGCGCAGUGGAGCAUGGGCCGACUAUCCACAAUCCAACACCGUCACCCAGGGCUAGCUACACAUCAAUAGCAGUCCCUCCCUCGGCCACCCAGCCUCCUUCGCCCGUGUCCUCCUCUAGCCAGCGCCUGGCCUGUUGAGUGCUUCCGAGCGCCUGUUCAAAGAUGUCGGGCAGCGGGGCGCGCGAAGCUGUCUUCCCCACGCGGCAAUCGCUGGGGCUGAUGAAGAGCAAGCUGAAGGGCGCGCAGACGGGGCACGACCUGCUGAAGCGGAAGAGCGAGGCAUUGACAAAGCGCUUUCGAGAAAUCACGCGCCGCAUCGACGAGGCGAAGCGCAAGAUGGGCCGGGUCAUGUCCAUUGCCGCCUUCUCGCUGGCCGAAGUGACCUACGCCGUCGGUGGAGACAUUGGAUACCAGAUACAGGAAUCCGCAAAGUCGGCCAAGUUCCGCGUACGGACGAAGCAGGAGAACGUCUCGGGUGUAUUUCUGCCCCAGUUUGAGAGCUUCACAGUCGAAGGUAGUAAUGAUUUUGGCUUGACGGGUUUGGGCAAAGGCGGCCAGCAAGUCCAGAGGUGUAGGGAGACAUAUGCACGAGCAGUGGAAACGCUGGUGGAGCUGGCCAGUCUGCAGACCGCAUUCGUCAUCUUAGACGAAGUCAUCAAGGUGGUGAACCGGAGAGUGAACGCCAUCGAGCACGUUAUCAUUCCGCGGACAGAAAACACCAUCAAGUACAUCAACUCAGAGCUUGACGAGCUGGACAGAGAGGAGUUUUACAGGCUGAAGAAGGUCUCGGGCAAGAAGCAGCGAGAUCAAGCAGCGGGAGAGAAGGAGAGGGAGGUUGCCCUGGCCGCAGCCGAGGGCAAAGAGAAUGUAGAUCUGCCGACACGGGCUGCAAAGGAUACUGCCGAUUCGGAAGACCUCCUAGGGGACAAGGACAACGAGGAUGUAAUCUUUUAGUGUUCUCUCCUAGCUCUCCGUGGAAUAUUGGUAGGCGUUCCUUGGGCCUUGUAAUCACCAGAAUACCAAAAUGUAUCAUGUCUCAAUUCGACGUCUGAAAUGCCGCCAUGUGCCUCUGCAAGGCAGGAUAUCUC